GGGGGAUCUUUGGGAGCCCCCAGGGCGGGCACAGCGCCCACCCUCCCGCCCGGCACCAUCCGAGGCUCCGGCCCCGCCCGCACCAUGGUGUCCUGGAUCCUCAGCCGGGUGAUCGAGCUGGUUUUUGGGAUGCUCUACCCGGCCUACGCGUCCUACAAGGCUGUGAAGGCCAAAAACAUCCGGGAAUACGUCCGAUGGAUGAUGUACUGGAUCGUCUUCGCCCUCUUCAUGGCCACAGAGACCUUCACUGACCUUCUCAUCUCCUGGUUCCCGUUCUACUACGAGGUGAAGAUGGCCUUUGUGCUGUGGCUGCUGUCCCCGUACACGCGGGGGGCCAGCCUGCUCUACCGCCGCUUCGUGCACCCCACGCUGGCCCGCAAGGAGAAGGACAUCGACACCUUCCUGGUGCGGACCCGGGAGCGGAGCUACGAGGCGAUGCUGCACUUUGGCAAGAGGGGCCUCAACCUGGCGGCCACCGCCGCCGUCCAGGCGGCCACCAAGAGCCAGGGCGCCCUGGCCGGGCGGCUGCGCAGCUUCAGCAUGCAGGACCUGCGCUCCCUGCCCGACGAGGGCCCCGCCAGCUUCCAGGACCCGCUGUACCUGGAGGAGCAGGACAGCCGCCGGCUGGGUGAGCUGGGGAGGGGGGUCCCAGGGCUCAGCAAAGCCCAGGGGGGGGCCGUGGUGGCAGCUGCGGCGUCCCCUUUGUCCCCUCGGUCCCCAGGCUGUGUUGCAGCUUCGUCCAGCCGGCGCUACGAGAGCGAGACGGAGGACGAGGAGCCGUGGUCGGACUCGCAGGUGUCCCCUCAGCCUUCCCCGCGCCGGGAUCACAAACCCCUGUCCCGCAGCCAGAGCCUGCGCUCCCUCAGGAAGGCCCCGGGAAAAGAGGGCUCUUCCCGGCUCCUGCGCAUCCGGAUCAGGAGGAAAACGACUCCCUCAGAUCUGGACAGCUAAAAACCCCGGGAAACCUCUGCCAGGAGUCUUUACAUGAGUUUGCUGCUGCGGCGUCGGGAAGGAGAGGCGGUUCCUGCAUU